AUGCAGGCCCCCAGCCUCCCGUGUCGCUGGGCCAGCCUGCCCAGCCCCAGCGCGCGCGAGGCGGCCUCCAUGUACGGCACGGCGGUGGCCGUCUUCCUGGUCAUCCUGGUGGCUGCGCUGCAGGGCUCCGCGCCCCCCGAGAGCCCCUUCCCCUACCGCAUCCCCCUGGACCCCGAGGGGGCCCUGGAGCUCUCGUGGAACGUCAGCUACAGCCAGGAGGCCGUCCACUUCCAGCUCCUGGCGCGGCGGCUCAGGGCCGGGCUCCUGUUCGGGAUGUCGGACCGCGGGGAGCUGAAGAAUGCCGACCUCGUCGUGCUCUGGACCGACGGUGACAGCGCCUAUUUUGCGGACGCCUGGAGUGACCGGAAGGGGCAGGUCCACCUGGAUGCCCAGCAGGACUACCAGCUGCUGCAGGCACAGAGGACCCCGGAAGGCCUGUCCCUGCUCUUUAAGAGGCCCUUUGCCACCUGUGACCCCAAGGAUUACCUCAUUGAGGACGGCACGGUGCACCUGGUGUACGGGAUCCUGGCGGAGCCGUUCCGGUCGCUGGAGGCCAUCAACACCUCGGGCCUGCAGACGGGGCUGCAGAGGGUGCAGCUCCUGAAGCCCGACAUCCCCACCCCGCCAGUGCCCUCGGACACCCGCACCAUGGAGAUCCGCGCCCCCGACGUCCUGAUCCCCGACCAGGAGACCACAUACUGGUGCUACAUCACCGAGCUGCCCAAGGACUUCUCCCGGCACCACAUUGUCAUGUACGAGUCCGUCAUCACCGCGGGCAACGAGGCCCUGGUGCACCACAUGGAGGUCUUCCAGUGCGCCGCCGAGUUCGACAGCUUCCCCCACUUCAGCGGACCCUGCGACUCCAAGAUGAAGCCCGAACGCCUCAACUACUGCCGCCACGUGCUGGCCGCCUGGGCCCUGGGCGCCAAGGCAUUUUACUACCCUGAAGAAGCCGGCGUCGCUUUUGGGGGCCCUGGGUCCUCCAGAUUUCUCCGCCUGGAAGUUCACUACCACAACCCGCUGCAGAUAAAAGACCGGCGCGACUCCUCGGGCAUCCGCCUGUACUACACGGCCACGCUGCGGCGCUUCGACGCGGGCAUCAUGGAGCUGGGGCUGGUGUACACGCCCGUGAUGGCCGUGCCCCCGCGGGAGAGCGCCUUCGUCCUCACCGGCUACUGCACGGACAAGUGCACCCAGCUGGCUUUGCCCCCCUCGGGGAUCCACAUCUUCGCCUCUCAGCUGCACACGCACCUAGCGGGGACAAAGGUGGUCACGGUGCUCGCCCGGGACGGCCGAGAGAGGGAGAUUGUGAACAGGGACAAUCACUACAGCCCUCACUUCCAGGAGAUCCGCAUGUUGAAGAAGGUCGUGUCCGUCCACCAGGGAGACGUGCUCAUCACUUCCUGCACGUACAACACGCAAGACCGGGAGCACGUCACCGUGGGGGGCUUUGGGAUCCUGGAGGAGAUGUGUGUCAACUACGUGCACUACUACCCCCGGACGGAGCUGGAGCUCUGCAAGAGCGCUGUGGAUGCCGGCUUCCUGCAGAAGUACUUCCACCUCGUGAACAGGUUCAACAAUGAGGACGUCUGCACCUGCCCUCAGGCUUCCGUCCCCGAGCAGUUUGCCUCUGUCCCCUGGAACUCCUUCAACCGAGACGUGCUGGAGGCCCUGUACGGCUUCGCGCCCAUCUCCAUGCACUGCAACAGGUCCUCGGCCGUCCGCUUCCAGGGGGAUUGGAACAUGCAGCCUCUGCCCAGGAUCGUCUCCACGCUGGAAGAGCCCACCCCGCAGUGCCCCGCCAUCCGGGGCCCCAGCCCCGCCGGCCCCACCGUGGUCAGCAUUGUUGGGGGCCAACGUUGAGGGUCCUGCUCCUGCCACCCCCGCUGCCCCGUGGGCUCACACCAGCUCUGUGCACCCCGCUCCGCCAAGUUCCCUGGGGAACAGCUCUGUGU